AUGAUUGCUAGAUUGCUUCAUCAAAAUCAUCGAGAAAUUCCGAGCAAGUCUCGCGUACAGAUCUUGAUCGAUGCCGAGACUUUUCUCGCCUAUUCCGAAAUGCCACAUUUGUUCGUCUACAUGCUUGGAUAUUUGGCUGAUGAGCAAGACCUGGGAGUGGCUCUAAUAGGAAUGAAUGCGAUUCAUCGCCUUUUGGACUCAUUUCGUGGAGUCGAUCUUCCGGAACUUCAUUUAUAUUUGGCCCCAGUGAUCGCUCAGCUCGAUAAACUCCUCGAUGACAGCCAAACCGACACGGAACUCGCUGCUUUGUGGCUUAUUGACCCUACA